AUGUCGGAGACAACAAUGGCGUGGCAAGUACUGUUCUUUAUUUCGAUUCUCUAUUUCGGUGUAGCGCACGCCCAGGUCAGUUACUCUAUUUCUGAGGAAAAGGCCAAGGGCUCUCUAGUCGGUAACAUAGCGCAAGAUUUGGGUUUAGACUUAAAGAGGCUGAAAUCGGGUAAAGCUCGUAUUUAUACUGGGGACAGCGCGGAAUACAUCGAGCUGAAUACAGAAAGGGGAGUUCUUCUCGUCAAAGAGAGGAUAGAUCGAGAGGCUUUAUGCGGACAGACUACGCCAUGCGCUCUACAUUUUCAGAUUACUCUAGAAAACCCGAUAGAAUUUUAUAGCAUUACUGUUGAGAUAACGGAUAUAAAUGACAAUGCUCCAAACUUUGAAAAGAGUGAAAUUAUUUUCAAGAUCAGUGAGACCGCUGUAGUUGGCUCGAAAUUUGUGUUAGAGCCUGCAAAAGACUCAGAUGUUGGUAUUAAUACUCUUCGGGGCUAUUCUCUGACACCAACGGAUCAUUUUCUUUUGAACUUUAAAAUCUUACCAUCAGGAGGACAAAAUGUUGAAAUGGUUUUACAGAAACAUUUAGAUCGUGAGAGGCAAGAGCUAAUGACUUUGGUAUUAACAGCAUUUGAUGGAGGAGAACCACAGAUGUCCGGUAACAUAGAGAUACACAUCACGGUUUUAGAUGCAAAUGACAACGCUCCUGUUUUUACACGGUCGGUAUACAAAGCGACUGUAAAGGAGAACGCAGUUAAAGGCACGGUUGUAACCAAAGUUAAUGCAUCUGAUCCUGAUCAAGGCUCCAAUGGUCAAAUAACCUAUUCAAUUACAAAUACACAGGAUGACGUCAGACAAAUAUUUGAAAUUAACGAAUAUGAUGGGACAGUAAAAGUGACUGGUCUUAUCGAUUAUGAAAAAGCUCGUCAUUAUGAGAUUCGGAUACAAGCAAGAGACCACGGCGGUCUUACUGAUUCGUGUAAAAUAGAAGUAGAGGUUGUUGAUAUUAAUGAUAACAAGCCAACAAUUAACAUUAUGUCAAAAACGAGCAUGAUAUCAGAGGAUUCGAAAUCGGGAACAGUCGUCACGAUAAUUAAUGUUCAGGACCUAGACUCAAGCGAAAACGGUAAAACUCAUUGCUCGAUCAGUGAUAGUAUUCCCUUUACUCUAAAAUUAACCAGACAUCAUUUCUAUUCCUUAGUUACCGCCGCUGAUUUAGACCGGGAGAGAGUGAGUGAGUACAAUAUCAGUGUGACAUGCGCUGAUCAGGGAGAACCCCCUCUGUCCAGCAGCGUCACUCUCUCCUUACAGUUAUCAGAUGUCAAUGACAACGCGCCCUUCUUUGAUAAGACCGUUUAUACAGCUUCCAUUCAAGAAAACAAUAUGCCGGGCAUGUCCAUACUCACUGUAAGCGCCAGAGACGCAGACUGGAACCAGAAUGCCCAUGUUUCGUACAUACUGGAGGACACCUCGGUUAAUGGAGUGCCCGUGUCCUCCUACGUGUCCGUUAGUGCAGAUAGUGGCGUUAUCCAUGCAGUACGCUCUUUUGAUUACGAGCAAAUAAAGGACUUUCAGUUCUGGGUGAAAGCGCAAGAUGGAGGCUCCCCCCCUCUGAGUAGCAAUGUUAGUGUGAAAAUAAUGAUUCAGGAUCAGAAUGAUAAUGUGCCUCAAGUUUUGUACCCAGUACAGACUGGUGCCUCUUUGGUGGCUGAAAUGGUACCUCGGUCGGCUGAUGUGGGCUAUCUUGUGACUAAAGUGGUGGCUGUUGAUGUAGACUCUGGACAGAAUGCAUGGCUCUCAUAUAAACUUCUCAAAGUUGCAGACAGACCACUGUUUGAAGUAGGCCUACAGAAUGGAGAAAUAAGAACUAUACGCCAGGUCACUGAUAAAGAUGCUGUGAAACAAAGACUCACUGUUAUAGUGGAGGACAAUGGCCAGCCCUCUCGUUCAGCCACCGUCAAUGUUAAUGUGGUGGUGGCAGACAACUUCCCUGAAGCACUCUCGGAGCUUACUGACUUCACCCACGACAAAGAUUACAACGACAAACUGACUUUCUAUUUAAUCUUGGCCUUGGCUGUGGUUUCAUUUUUAUUCAUUGUAUCCAUCAUAGCCAUACUGUCAGUCAAGUUCUACCGUUGGAGACAAGAGCGGAUAUUUUAUAAGUCCAACACCAAUCUCCCAGUUAUUCCGUAUUACCCACCCCUUUAUACAGAUAUAGGAGGCACUGGGACUUUGCAGCAUGUAUACAAUCACGAGGUUUACAGAACAAUUGACUCGGGAAAAAGUGACCUAAAAUACAUGAGACCUAACAAUCAGAGCAUCAUUAGUCUGGACACCAGUGGAACAUCGACGGUACCACAUGUGCACACAGAUAAACUGACCAGUGAUGAUUUUAUUGAUCAGGGAUGA